CGCUAGUGGCUGCUGUCGCUCAGUGGAGCCCAAGGAGACCGCGGCCAGAGCGUCCACCGCGCAAGAUGGUGGCUCCCGAGACUCCUCUCCCACCAGCGGAGUGGAAAUAAACUUUCCGGGCUAAGUUAGAUGGAUGGUCCCCAUUAGCCUGGCGGGCUGCCCCCCUCCUACCUCCCCACCGACUCCCCUUGUCAAAGGAGGUGCUUCGGUGUGCGGGGCAGGCUGGGGGGGCAAGAGCAUUUGGGUGGGGGUUGGGGGCGCCCUGCCCCUCGAGCAGGAAUGGUGCCCCCGGGGAAGAAACCAGCCGGAGAGGCUUCCAACUCCAAUAAGAAGUGCAAGCGUUACUUCAACGAGCACUGGAAAGAGGAGUUCACCUGGCUGGACUUUGACUACGAGCGGAAGCUGAUGUUUUGCCUCGAGUGCCGCCAGGCCCUGGUGCGCAACAAGCACGGCAAAGCGGAGAACGCCUUCACUGUGGGCACCGACAACUUCCAGCGCCACGCCCUGCUGCGCCACGUGACCUCGGGGGCCCACCGCCAGGCUCUGGCCGUCAACCGGGGCCGGCCCACUUUUGAGCGCCAGGCUGAGGGUGGAGGGACCUUUCCGGGCCUGGCGACCACCCCCAGCUUCAGGGGUGUCAAGGUGGAAGCGAACCCGGCCAAGGUGGCCGUGCUGACCACGGUGUACUGCAUGGCCAAGGAGGACGUGCCUGACGACCGCUGCUCUGCCCUGCUCGAGCUGCAGAGGUUCAACCUGUGCCAGGCGCUGCUGGGCAUGGAGCACGGCGAUUACUACAGUCCCAGGAGGGUGAGGGACAUGCAGGUGGCCAUUGCCAGUGUCUUGCACACAGAGGCCUGCCAACGCCUGAAGGCAUCCCCGUAUGUGGGCCUGGUGUUGGAUGAGACCCGGGACUGGCCUGAGUCCCACAAUCUGGCCUUGUUUGCCACUUCGGUGUCCCCCUGCGAUGGCCAGCCUGCCACCACCUUCCUGGGCAGCGUGGAGCUACAGGAAGGCGAGGCCACCGCUGGCCAACUCCUGGACAUUCUGCAGGCUUUCGGCGUGUCUGCAUCCAAGCUGGCCUGGCUCAGCUCAAGCCUCCCCAGUGACCGCCUGGGGAGCGUGGGCCCGCAGCUCCAGGCCGCCUGCCCACUGCUCAUGGAGCUACACUGCCUCCCCGGCCGGACAGAUCCCAAGCCCCCUGCCUACCUAGGUGAAUAUGAAAGUGUGCUGGAUGCCCUAUUCCGCCUCCACGGUGGCCCCAGUUCCCACGUGGUCCCUGAGCUCCGGGCGGCACUGGACCUUGCAGCUAUUGACUUGGCAGGACCACGGCCAGUGCCCUGGGCCUCCCUGCUGCCUGUGGUGGAAGCAGUGGCUGAGGCUUGGCCUUGCCUGGUGCCCACACUGGAGGCCUCUGCCCCAGCCUCACCUACAACCAGGGCACUGGCCCUCGCCCUGCGCCAGUUCACCUUUGUGGCCUUCACCCACCUCCUGCUGGAUGCUCUGCCUUCCGUGCAGAAGCUCGCCCUUGUCCUGCAGCCAGAAGAGCCGGACUUGGCCUUGCUGCAGCCGCUGGUGACGGCAGCUGCAGCCUCCCUCCAAGCGCAGCGCAGCUCAGGUGGGGCGCGUCUCCAGGGCUUCCUGCAGGAACUGGCAACCUCCAGCCCUGACUUGGGCCGCGGCCGCUGCACCUACCGCGGUGUGGAGCUGGUGGGCUACUCCGAGGCUUCGGUCCAGGGCUUGGAGCGGCUGCGGGGGGCCUUCCUGGACUCCAUGCGGAGGGGGCUGCGGGACUCCUACCCCGGGCCCUCGCUGGACGCCGUGGCCGCCUUGGCGGCGAUCUUCGACCCCCGCCUCUACCCGCAGGCACCCGAGGAGCUGGGCGCGCACGGCGAGGGGGCGCUGCGCGUCCUGUUGCGCGCCUUCGCCCCCGCAGUGGUGCGCCAGCGGGCGCUGGGCGACUUCGCGCUCUUCAAGCGCGUGGUGUGCAGCCUGGGGCGGCUGGGCCCGCGGGCCCUGUGCGCCAAGCUGGCGUGCGCGCGCUCUGAACUGCACGAGCUCUUCCCCGACUUCGCCGCCCUCGCCUCCCUGGCCUUGGCGCUGCCCGCGGGCGCCGGCCUCCUGGACAAGGUCGGCCGCAGCCGGGAGCUGCGGUGGUGGGGGCCGGGCGGGGCGGGGGAAGGCCGGGGCGGCCCCGCGGUGAAGAUCGCGGUGGAUGGGCCGCCGCUGCGCGAGUUUGACUUUGCGCUGGCGGUGGAGUUCCUCGAGAGUGGGUGGGGCGAGGGGCUCCUGGGCUCGCAGCUCACGUGAGGGCGGCCUCCUCUCCUCUGUUCAGCCAGCCCGGGGCCCUAGGCUCUCUAAGGGCCAAGCCGGACUUGACUGUGCUGCACCCAAGCUGACCUCCUAGCUGUGGCCUCCCACCCACCUUCCCCGGGCUUCCUGUGCUCCACGCUGAGUAC